UUCAGAUAGAAUGGCUUCUUUUUGAAAACUGAUAAAAACUUACCAUUUUAAAAGUUGAAUAAAAAAGAAAAUCUUUGAGACCUACUUCAUGUUCCUCUUUAUCUCACUCAUUAUUCUGUUUACUUCAUUUUCAGGUGGUUCCUGGAAUGAUGGGUUGGUGCCUAAAGGUCUCCAGCCAGAGGGCACAAUGCCCCCUUAUGAGGAUGGCCGGCUAGUAUUUGAUGCCCGGGCAUCCUCUUACAACGUGACCGCGCUGACCGGCAAGCAAGCAGUUCUGGUCUGUGUUGUCAGAAAUAUUGGAAAUGAAUCGAUUUCCUGGAUCCGGCAUAGUGAUACUAGUCUCCUAGCCGUCAACAAGUUUAUAUAUACAACUAGUGAUAGAAUAAAGGUUCAUCAUCAACCUGGAACAGACGACUGGGGACUCUCCAUACAACCUGUAGAGCUUAGAGAUAAAGGAUGGUACAGCUGUCAGGUUUCGAUCACACCCCACAUAGAGCAUAGAAUAUAUCUGAAUGUAAUUCAACCCACAACUUCAAUUAUUGGAUCAAAGGACCGGUAUAUAGAGGAGGGGUCAACUAUCAAUAUAACCUGUGUUAUUGAGGCAGGACCCAGCAACCAUAAUCCAUCCUUCGUUUUCUGGACCUACAACGGCAAGAUAAUCACUUAUGAUCGGGAGAAGGGCGGCACGGUGAUGAUCUCUGAGAGAGGAAAGACGACGACAUCUAGUUUAAUCAUCACCCACGCUACCCAGUCGGAUAGUGGAAAAUACGAAUGCGAUCCGUCCGUAUCUUACCCUCAGUCCGUCAAUGUUCAUGUCAUUAAGAUAGGCCAGGAAGCUAUAAUAGAUUCUGGGGGUUCAAGAUUAAUGUUUAUCUACCUUACCUGGCUUACCACUCUUUUCAUCCUAUAGAGGAAUCCGGAGAAGGUUCAAGUUCAGAGAGAAGAUGCUGAGUUGUGCAGAUCGUACGACGGAGAAGGAUUAGAACUAAUCCCAACCCUACUCCUAAUCCUAGAAGGAGAAUAAAUCCUACUUGAAUCAAACUUCUCUUACUACUUGUCUAGAUGUUAAUUAUAACAAUACUUAGGCGGAAAGAAUGCCGUCUUCGAUCUUUCUUUUAAUCAUAAAAGACUAUGUGACUUGUCUAAUUGAAGAAAAGCUGCAAUCGUUUCAAAUAACAUUAAUUAUCACUAAUAUACGUAUAUACUGUAUAUAACAGUGAUAUUAAACGUAAUGGAAUCAAAUCUAAUAAAAGUGGCCGGACGUGUUGAUGUAAAUGAAAAGAUGGCCUGAAGAAUCCAUAAUGUUUAUUUUUCUGAAUCCAAAAUCCUUAAAGGAAGCUCUGUAAAAAACUUGUUCAGAUGUUUUGUAAAUCAUUUGGCCAUUUCUGAUAAAAACUAAAAUUUCCGGCUAUUUUCAACACUUCAGUUGCAGAGUACUUUAUAACACAAACCCUUGAAAACACUAGAUUUUAAACGUAACCCAGUUGUUU